AUGGGUGCCGAGAGUAGCGCCGUGCGGAACUGUACGCCGGAGGAGCCGCUCUUGAGCCUUCCCUUUGGCCUCACCAUGUUCUCCGCGGUGCUCCAGGAUGGAAGGGCCGCUUCCGUGUUUGUUCACAAGCGCGGCAAAGAAGAUAAGGUCAAUAAAGCAGCUAAGCACCUGAAGACCCUGAGGCACCCGUGCCUGUUGCGCUUCCUGUCCUGCUCGGUGCAGGUGGAUGGCAGCGUCCACCUGGUCACAGAGCGUGUCAAGCCUCUGGAGCUGCUACUGGACGACCUCUCCCCGGAAGAAAUCUGCGCUGGAAUCUACGAUCUCUUGCAGGCAAUUGUCUUUUUGCACGAGAGGGGGAAAUCAAGCCACAACAACGUAUGCGUCUCUUCAGUAUUUGUCAGUGAAGAUGGACAUUGGAAACUUGGCGGGAUGGAGACGGUCUGUAAAUUCUCCGAAGCAACUCCAGAGUUUCUUGUGAGCAUUCACAGUGUUCGAGACACCAGCUGCAUUCCUCCAGAAGAGCAGGUGGAGGGUUUUGAAAUUCUUCCUGAUAAACACGCUCAUGCUCGGGACUGUUACUCUUUUGGCUCCAUGCUUGAGGGCCUCCUGCCUUUGCUGAAUGGUUACGUAUCGCAGGAACUGUCCGACAGUCUGAAAAAGACCCUGCAAGCUGGCCCGCUGAACUCCGACCCUUUAUGUCGGCCUGGCCUCAGCUCCCUGCUGACUCAUGAUUUUUUCAGGAACGACUUUCUGGAAGUGACUAACUUUCUGACCGGCUUAACGCUGAAGACAGAAGAAGAAAAAAAUGAGUUCUUUAAGUUUCUUCUCGACAGAGUCCAGAGCCUCCCUGAAGAACUGACGGCUGCACGUCUCGUCCCUAAACUCCUCAACUCCUUGGUGUUUGCCGAGCCCACGGCUGUCAAAAGUUUCUUGCCGCAUCUCUUAAAGCCAAAGAAGGAUCGUAGCAGUAGUGGUGAAGAAUGCCUGCUGUCUGUAUCCCUUUACCGCAAGCAUGUCAUCCCGCAACUUCUCAAGCUAUUCAAAGUCAAUGAGGAACACGUGCGGAUGGUGUUGUUGGCGCACAUCCACAUCUACGCUCAGUUCUUCUCCCACGAGGAGCUGAAGAUUCAGAUUCUACCUCAGGUUUUGCUCGGAAUGAGAGAUACCAACGAUACUCUGGUCGCUAUGACGCUGCAGAGCCUGGCCGUGUUGGUGCCGUUGCUCGGGGCUCAGGUGGUGGUCGGAGGAGAAAGAACCAAGGUCUUCAAACGUACCACUCCCAAGUUUACGAAGUCUGCUGAGGCCACGCCAGAAACAUCACCCGUCCACAUUAUUGAAGGCUCUUACCCUCAGAUGGAGCAGCCUUCCAAGGUUUUGAAUUUGUUCCCCAGACCGCCUGAAGAACUCGUUCAUAGCAACACGGACCGAUUUUCAGGGAGAAGGGAAAUUUCACGGAACUACCCACUGGAACCAACAUCAGGCAUCAUCAAGCCGACGUCCCUCGCCUUAAAUGGCUUCCGUCAGCAAAGAGACAUGGACUCUUCCAGCCCAGAUGAGGGCGCGCACUCCCCGAAACGCCAACGGGAAGACUGGCCCGACUGGAGUGAUACAGAUGAGGGCGAGGACCAGAAGAGCCAGCCGGUCCGGAUCCUCAUCGAGGCCUCGGGUCCGGCUUGCGACACGCAGCAGAUGUUAACAGAUGAAGAAGAGCCUUGGGAUGAAUUUGAGGACACUGAAGGCACCUCUGGGGCCUCUCCUGACAUAUUCACUAUGCCUGCUGAAAAACAAACCACUGAGCCACUAAAACUGGGAUCUUCCAGAGCCUUGAAACUGAGCUCAAGCACACAAACGGCCAGUCAACCCCCAAUGGACAUCAAGCCCGUUGGGCCGCAGAUCCGGGGGCUCACUAGAGAUCUCGGGGAUGAGUUCACCAUCAAAGUGAAGAAGAAGCAGCAGCAAGAGGUCGAUCCAGAGCUGGAUUUGUUUGCAGAUAUGGUGCCGGACAUCAAACUGUCAUCUCAAGCUCUGCUCACGUUGCGCACCAGCAGCGACGCAGGACUGACUUCCCACAUCUCUGCUAUCGACACAACAACAACACUGCUCUCUGCCAAGUUUGCUGCUGCCAGUGUGACUGAGGCUGAAACAGACGGUUGGGGCAAUGGGGACGAUCUCAACUGGGGGGAUGACAGUGGCUGGGGAUGA